ACCAUUAAAAUUAAUAAAUAGCCCUAAUAAUGAAGAACCCUAAAGCCUCUCCUCUCCUAUUCCUAUCUCUUCUUUUGCUCCUUUUAUCCUUUUCCUCAGCCUUCAACAUCACAAAAAUCUUGUCCCAACACCCCGAAUUCGCAACUUUUAACGGCUUUCUCUCGCAGACGAAGCUCGCCGACGAGAUCAACCGCCGCCAGACCAUCACCGUCCUCGUCGUCGACAAUGCCGCGGCCUCCAGUUUAUCCGGUAAGCCGCUUGACGUCGUCAAGAAGAUCUUGAGCGUUCAUGUCAUUCUAGAUUACUACGACGUUGAGAAGUUGACCAAGCUUGGAAUCUCCAACAAGACCUCAGCCCUAACCACGCUCUUGGCCGGCGCGGGCGCGGCCGACCAGCGGGGUUUCAUCAACGUUUCGCUCGUAAACGAGGGCGAAAUCGCCUUCGGCUCCUCCGCCAAGGGCGGAGCCCUAAAUUCCAAGCUGGUCGAGUCUGUGGCGGCGCAUCCGUUCAACAUCUCGGUGCUUCAGAUAACCGCCCCGGUCCAAGUCCCCGGCAUCGAAUCCACCCCCGUCGGCACCCCGCCUCCGAAGCCCUCUGCCGCUCCUGUACCAGCACCGAAGAAGUCCCCCGCUGCUGCACCGGCCAAGCCAGUGGCUCCUGUCCCGUCGAGGAAAUCCGGCGCUCCGGCACCUUCGGAGGUUGUGAUUGAAGUGCCGGUGGAGGCCCCGAUUUCAGAUGCUCCCUUCGCCGAUGGGCCGGAGAGCGAUGCACCGGUUACCGACGCGCCGGUGAGCUCUCCUCCGAAACCCAAGGACACCGCCGAUGCCGAAGCGCCGACGCAGAGGAUUAUAGCUUCGGGCGGUUCACGGAGGGAAAUGGCGGUCGGAGUUGGAGUGUUGGCGGCGGCGUUGGUGUCAUGUUUUGUGGCUUAAUUUAAUUUGUGAUAUUGAUGACCAAUUAAUGGGGGGAAUAAGAAGAAUUGAUUAGUACGUUAAUCGUGGAUUAAUGAAAG